AUGCUGCGAGAGGCGGCGAAUGAGGUGCUUCAAUCGCGAAUUCCUCAUGGAUACGUGUUAUAUCCGAACUAUGAUCAAUACUGGUCAAGUGAGCAAGGCAUGUUUUAUAACCCGGACACAGAGCUUUACUACCGCCCGGAUGAUGAGACUGUCUAUCAAUUGAAUGCAGAUGCGUACUGGGCGAGUCGUAGUUAUCGAAAACGGUGUAUCGAGUUGCUCGGAACUCCCGAAUUCAAAAAAUUCGAUCAGGAAACUGUGAACAUUUGUGAAAUGACACUGGGAAUGGUGGAUAAAAUAGUGAGAGGCGAGGAGAUGGAAAAAGAAAAAGAGUAUCUUCGCUCUAUUGCUGAUAACAAAGUCGCUCUAAUGCAACAUCGAAUUAAUAAGGUUUUCAAGGGAAAUCGGAGGAGAAAGAACCCAAAUCGGCAAUACGUGGCAUCCACCAACGAAACCACUGGAGCCGUCGAGUACACUCUACAAGUUGACGACUAUUUUGAUUGGGAAGACGCUUACGAGGAUGAUAGUGGAGAUGAAUUCAGUGCAGAGGACGAACAGGCUGUACUAAUGCAUCAAGAGGGAUUCGAUCAACCACCGUGUAUGCGUAUAAUGGAUCAACUGAAUCGUCUCCACGUCAUCACAAUCUCCGGUGGAUACAUUGGAUCGGAUAGAGACUGUGAAGUGGUCGUCUCGAAUCAGUUACUACCGGAAAGAUGCGCUGAAAUUGUGUAUUCUGAAGAGGCGGCGUGCUAUUCGAUUGAGAAAUUAGAGACGGCGUGUAUACUACAAGUUAAUGGAAAUACCGUACAGAUGAACUCUCCCGUCGACCUGUGCCAAGGCGAUUCGAUCCUUCUGAGUGGUGAACGACUCGACGUCCAUGUUCACUUUGGAAACAACACUUGUGCCGGUUGUGAACCGGGUCUUUGUCAUCAAGAAGAACCGAAAGAGGAGACGACAGUAAUCCACGCGAGAAAUAUACGUGGCGAACGAGCGAGGAGGAAGAAUCUGAAGGAAAUGAUGAAGUCUUACGGUAUCCGUCCUGACGAUCAACUCAACGAACCGAUUCGGAAGAAGCCAGUGACUGGACCGUCGCUUCAGAAUAUUCAGAGACCACCGGACAUCGGGACUCCAGAAGAUAUGUAUGGAGGAUGCGCGGCGAAACCGUUGCCAGAAAACCAGCGGAAGUUUGAGAUACCCUCCACUUCGUCACAAGCCCCGCCCCCGCCGGCUCCGUUGAAUUCUGGAAAUGUUGGAUUCAAGUUGCUGAAAUCGAUGGGUUGGAGUGAGGGUGAAGGGUUGGGAAAAGAGAAACAAGGACACGUGGAACCGGUGGCGACGGAGAUCAAGAAUAAUCGACAGGGAUUGGGAAAGGAUAAGGAGAAACCGAAGAGUUAUAGGGAAGAGGUUCUGGAGAAGACUAAGCAGAGAAACGCUGAUGUCUCCAACUUCGGAUCCGGCUCCAAUCUACACUGUCAUCAUCACGAAGGAAUUUUUCUUCUUUCUUAA